ACUACGGGCGGCGGGGCGCGCGCAGGCAUGGCGGCCCCCUUGGUGCUGGUGGUGCUGGCGGCCGUCACGGUCCGCGCCGCGCUCUUCCGCUCCAGCCUCGCCGCCUUCAUCGCCGAGCGCGUCGAGGUGGCGUCCCCGCUGAACGCCUGGAAGCGAGUGGUCGAAGGAUUGGCUCUGCUGGAUUUAGGGGUCUCGCCGUAUUCUGGAGCUAUUUUUCAUGAGACCCCACUGAUAAUCUAUCUCUUUCACUUCCUGAUUGAAUAUGCUGAACUGGUGUUCAUGAUAACUGAUGUGCUAACUGCUGUUGCCCUUUACUUGGCCAUCCAGGACUUCAACAAAGUUGUGUUCAAAAAGCAGAAGCUCCUAAUAGAGCUGGAUAAGUAUGCACCAGAUGUGGCUGAGCUCAUCCAGACACCCAUGGAGAUGCACUACAUCCCCCUCAAGGUAGCACUGUUCUACCUGUUAAACCCCUACUCUGUGAUGUCUUGUGUGGCAAAGUCCACCUCCGCCAUCAACAACUCUGUCAUUGCAUUCUUCAUUUUAGCUACAAUAAAAGGUAGUGCCUUCCUCAGUGCUGUGUUCCUGGCCUUAGCAACAUACCAGUCACUCUACCCUCUCACACUGUUUGCUCCAGCCCUUCUUUACCUUCUGCAGCGUCAGUUCAUACCCAUCAAACUGAAAAGCAAAAGCUUCUGGCUCUACACCAUGCAGUAUGCAUCCCUGUACCUGUGCAGCCUGGUGGUGAUCAUCUGCCUCUCCUUCUUCCUCCUCAACUCCUGGGAUUUUAUCCCAUCUGUUUACGGGUUUAUCCUUUCUGUUCCAGAUCUGACACCCAAUAUUGGCCUUUUCUGGUACUUCUUUGCAGAGAUGUUUGAACACUUCAGUCUUUUCUUCGUAUGUGUGUUUCAAAUCAAUGUGUUCUUCUACACCAUUCCCUUGGCAAUAAAGCUAAAGGAGCACCCCAUGUUCUUCAUGUUUGUCCAGAUCGCCAUCAUUUCCAUCUUCAAGUCCUAUCCCACUGUGGGAGACGUUGCACUGUACAUGGCCUUCCUUCCAGUCUGGAGCCACCUUUACAGAUUCCUCCGGAACAUCUUCAUCCUGUCCUGUGUGCUCAUCUUCUGCUCCUUCCUGUUCCCCGUUCUGUGGCAUCUAUGGAUUUAUGCAGGAAGUGCCAACUCUAAUUUUUAUUAUGCCAUCACACUGACUUUCAACAUAGGGCAGAUCCUGCUCAUCUCGGAUUAUUUCUAUGCCUUCCUCCGGCGUGAAUACUACCUCACUCAUGGACUGCACUUGACAAGGCAGGAUGGGACAGAGGCCAUGCUGGUUCUGAAAUAAGGAUUUGCCCACCUUUCCCUGGGACAUGGACCACUAUGAGGAACAUGCAGAGCUUGGGGUAUCUGGGGUGGGUGGGGAAGUUUCCCUGAAUGAGGUCUGACUUUGGGGAUGAUACCUACUGAAAGAAAGGGCUGAGGUUCUGGGAAUAUCCUGCUGAGCUGUGGGCUCAGCACAGAGACUGUAAGAGCUGCGGUGCCUCUGUUGGAGCAUCUCCCUCCCCUCAGCUGUGCUUUUCACUGCGACCUCAGCCAUGAACUCUGGGCAGCCCAGCAGGAACUGGAGAGUGUCUGAGCUAAAGCCACGAGGGUCCAGGAGGAGCUCAGACUGUGAACUGUUUACUUUUGCAUCACUGCUUCUUGGAGAUGUUUGCUUCUCCUGGAACCUUCCCCUUCACUGCUUUGACUAGUAAAACUCCUGCUUGGCACGAGGCAAUCUCUGGGUACCUGGUGCCCGAGCCCGGGCUGUGGAAGCCAUUUCUUGGUGGUCCUACUGCUGUAGGAUCUGGAAAAAUCCCACGUGCUCAGGUACAGUGGGUGCUGUGAAAGAGAUGGGUGACCAAGGAUAAUGACCUGUUGGAAGGAGGACAAAUGGAGCUGGUGCCACAGGUGGUAACCUCGGCACUCAAACACAAGUGAGAACUGGAGUUGGGGUGGAAGCAGGAGCCGGGGGGAGGGCACUGGGUAACUGCUCUAUCCCACUGGAGCAACACAGACAUUUCCAUGUUAGGACCACGCACAGAGGCAUUGCAGGUCUCAAAAGAAAUACUCCUGAGGAGAUGGAGUCCCACUGCUCCCGGUUUCUGUUGGGUGACAAAGCCUGGCAGUGCCAGGCUCACACUGUGCUGCUGUGGCCACUCAAGGCAGCAGCCUGGACUAGGGACCAGGGAGGGUCACAAUCUCCCUGUAAGGCCCCAGACCAAAUCCAGGAGGAGCCUCAGUCACUGCUGGUAUUGUUGGGUUCCUCGUGUUCCACAGCUGCUUAACACUCGUGGAUGUGCACUUCUCUGGUCCCCCUUGCUGUGGGCUCGUGGCUGUGUGUGGAGGCUCCCUGAAAUCAGCGUCCCUUUGUCCUCCCUGCUCCCCUCUCUGUGCUCAGACCUGCUCACCUCGGAGCUGCUGCUGCUCACCCCUGAAUGUGACCCUCCAGGGUGAAGCCGCCGGGCUCUGCUGGCUGUGGUGGCCCUGGGACGUGGUGACCACAGUGUGACAGCACCUGCAGCGUCCCACUGAUCCCAUGGGGCAUCCGAAGGGUUGGGAGUGUGACAGGGAAACCGCAGCUGGUACCGGGCAGCUGAGAUGGAGGUGCCCAGGCAGGUGUGUAAACGGAUCUUUCUUUCUGGACAGUUAACACUUUUGCCUUACUGCACUGCUGUCAGCGCUUUGUGGGGGUGGAGCCGAGCCCAGCUCAGCCCCCGAGCUCAGCCCCAGGCAGGGCAGCCCCAGGGCACAGGGAGGGGCAAAGGGAACCUGGGCUGCUGAGCUGCCCGAGGGGCAUGGCAAGGAGCAUAAUAAACUGUGCAAGUUUUGAACACAA